AUGCAGCUGCAGUUCCGGAGCUGGAUGCUCGCUGCGCUCACGCUGCUCGUGGUCUUCCUCAUCUUCGCAGACAUCUCGGAGAUCGAAGAAGAAAUCGGGAAUUCUGGAGGCAGAGGUACAAUCAGAUCAGCUGUGAACAGCUUACAUAGCAAAUCUAAUAGAGCCGAAGUUGUAAUAAAUGGCUCCUCGUCGCCGGCUGUUGUUGACAGAAGUAAUGAAGGCUUUAAGCGCAACAUCCAACCAGCCUCGGCCAAAUGGAGACACAACCAAACGCUCUCUCUGAGGAUCAGGAAGCAAAUCUUAAAGUUCUUGGAUGCUGAAAAGGACAUUUCUGUCCUCAAGGGGACCCUGAAACCCGGAGAUAUUAUUCAUUACAUCUUCGACCGAGACAGCACAAUGAACGUGUCCCAGAACCUGUAUGAGCUGCUCCCCAGAACCUCUCCACUGAAGAACAAGCACUUCGGGACCUGUGCCAUCGUGGGAAACUCUGGGGUCUUGCUGAACAGCGGCUGCGGGCAGGAGAUUGACACACACAGCUUUGUCAUCAGGUGCAACCUGGCCCCGGUGCAGGAGUACGCCCGGGAUGUGGGGCUCAAGACAGACCUGGUGACCAUGAACCCCUCCGUCAUCCAGCGGGCCUUCGAGGACUUGGUCAACGCCACGUGGCGGGAGAAGCUGCUGCAGCGGCUGCACAACCUCAACGGCAGCAUCCUGUGGAUCCCCGCCUUCAUGGCCAGGGGCGGCAAGGAGCGGGUCGAGUGGGUCAACGAGCUCAUCCUGAAGCACCGCGUCAACGUGCGUACUGCGUACCCCUCUCUGCGCCUGCUGCACGCCGUCCGCGGAUACUGGCUGACUAACAAAGUUCACAUCAAAAGACCCACCACGGGCCUCUUGAUGUACACCCUGGCCACGCGUUUCUGCAACCAGAUCUACCUCUAUGGCUUCUGGCCCUUUCCGCUAGAUCAGAACCAGAACCCCGUCAAGUACCACUAUUACGACAGCCUCAAGUACGGCUACACUUCCCAGGCCGGCCCCCAUACCAUGCCCUUGGAGUUCAAGGCCCUGAAGAGCCUGCACGAGCAGGGGGCUUUGAAACUGACUGUCGGCCAGUGCGACGGGGCCACGUAAGCAUUAGGCAGAUAAGCCACAGGAAGAAGGUGUGGAGAACCCACCUGGAUCAG